AUGAACAAUGUUCAGAUAAACGAAUUGACAAAUAUAGCCUUUCCCAACAGUCCAUAUAAUUUCCCUAAACUCAAACAAGAUAUUAUCCGACUUAAAGUCCAAGAAUUAGCACCGCAAGUAAGAAAUGAAAGCACGAAGUUGGUUCAAUUAAUUACGGAAGCAAAAAAAAAAUCGGGCAAUUUUUCUUCCAUAGUUGACUUAAUCCUAGAAACCAAAAAACAAAUCGCGCUGAACAGCGAAACUUCCCAGCGAAAUAAAUUAAUUGGCAAAAUAGAAGCUUACCAAAGUAUUCUUGCUAGUCAUAUAGUUGAUGAAGAGCUGCAAACUCUCUUUGACAAACAAACAGAAGUCCUAAAAUUAGAAAAACAUUUAGAAAGUUUACAACAGAAUAUUUGCAGUUACCAAGUUUAA